AUGUAUUACGAAUUAUUUGCUAUAGCACGUAUAACGGAUCCAUUGAAUACGGCAAAGGAAGCCACCAAAAUUGCAUCCACAGUGGGGAAGUUAAUAUUGAAUAAUAGAGGUAUUAUAAGGGAUAUAACAAGUCUCGGAGCUAAACCAUUACCACAAAUUAUAUCAAAAGAACAAGAAAGGCAUUUUCAAGGAUACCAUUUUAUAAUUGGGUUUGAUUCGUCACCAAAUGUCCAAACACAAUUGUUAAGAACUUUGCGAAGAGAUCCUAGAAUUUUAAGAUCCAGUAUUAUGAAACAUGAUUUGACCCAUAAUUUGAAUCCAGGUACUACUAUCGAACAAGCUUUAAGAGCUACAAAGUGA